GAGCGUCUCUCAGUGGAGGAGCAGGAUUUGCUGAUUCGCCAGCGGAAGGAGAAGAGGCGUGCUGAAGGCUUCGAACUCUUCGAUGACUGGCUCUUGCAUCAGGUUGGAUCCAAAGAUGUCCAUGUUGAGGUGAUACUCGAAGCACCGGUCCGAGCAGAAGAGUUGGAGCUUUUUGUGGCGCCUGGUGAGGCCUCGGCACCUGUGGCCCACGAGAGGUUGCAAGCAAUCGGGCUAGACGCUGAGGAAGAUGCUGAGGAAGCAGCAACCCCUGGUGCAGGAUCUUAUUUGGACUUCCUUCGCCGUCGUCUGCUAUCUGAACUGCCUGCAUCGCGCGUGCACUGUGUGGAUGCGCGCGGGCUUGGGGAUGCAGAGGACGAGCAUCUUCCCCCGUAUCUCCGGGGUAGCUACGACCGGUUGAAGGGUAGUGCGCCGCCCAGGAGCCAGGAGGAAGCCCUCCUGGCUGCAGCUGGGGACCGCGCCGAGUUCAAGGAUGAGCCGCUGCCAUCUUGGGAGGCAUUCUUCGGAGGUGCAGCAGACCUUCUAUACUACGCACAUCAUGUGAAGGCAGACUACGCUCCCUUUCUGAAGCAAUGCGUGGGCAGUGCAGACAACAUGCGGCGCUUCUUCCAAGCCCUGUUCUUUGACACUGUGCCAGACGCAGUGUCGAUGCUGCGUCUCAAUGAGGAGACUCGGCGCUGUCUCCACGUGCGCUCGCAGCUCUGCGUCGCUGAGACGGGCGAGGUGCAGCGUCGCCCACCAGGCGUCUGUGCGUCAGGGAGGCGGACAAUUCCCGUGAGGGCAGCCCCCGUGGAUCGCUUCCUUGCAGCGCGGGGCUUCCAAGAGCCCAGGACCUGGCUGUCAGGCAUCGCAGAACGCCUGCGCUCCCGUGGGGCCGGCGACAUCGUGACUGCUGCAAAAGUAUGGUAUCAGACAGCUGUCAACAAGAUGCUGGCAGAUCCAAAGGGUGCUGAUGCGGAAGGAGACAAUUUCGUGGCGUGGCUCCGGGCAUGCCACGGGAAGAUCUUCAGCGACAUUGAUACGCACGAUCCUGUCAAACUGCGGCGGAAGCAGUUCGCGCCAAGCAAGUCCAAGCCGAAGCGCUAUAACCUGAGAGACAUCAACAUCCCUUCUGUUGAAGAGGCCUUCAAGGAAUUCUGCAAAAGCAGGAGGUCUACUGCGCGGGAGCAGGUUCUGUCCAAGAUCAUGGUUGACAUUUUCCAGCUUCGGUCCGUCGAUCUGGCGAUGGUCUUGAAGGCAGCUGAAGCAGCACUGUCAGCCCCAAAGGGUGCAAAGGUUGCCCUGUUCUUCUACGCGGGCCUUGACCACACACGCAGCGUGGCACGCUUCUUCAAGAAGAUUGGUUUCAGCAGUUCUGGCCUGCCCAAGCACGGUGUGGUGGGCAAAGAAGAGUAUGAAGAGGAUGAGAAGAGGGCUCUUUCGCUGCCGUCGUACUUGAAUGAUCUGAGCAAACUGUUCCCAGUGCCGGCAUCACUCCCGGAAGUGGACAAGCGGACUCUCCAGAAGGGUCCGUCCGGUCUGGUUGCGGAGAUCAACCUUACACCGGCAGCCCGCCCGGCUAUUGCCGAGAGGGUGCAAGUGUUGCGUGGGGGAGGCUACCGCAUGCCACAUGGGCCACCGCCGCACGCGCACCCAAUGCCUAUCCCGCACAUGCCACCACCCAUGGUUCCCAUGGGGAUGCCUCCGCCGAUGCCAUGGCCGGGGAAGAGCCCUGGGCACGGGCAGGACCGGGACCGCGAAAGAGCGAAGAACCGAGAUCGAAAAGAUGUCACGGAGGCCAGCAAAAAGGCAUUCUUUGAUUCCUUACCGGCAGAUGAGCUGCUGGAGAAGGAGCUGGAGCUGAGACAGCUCCUACUGGACCACCUGGACCGCUUCCAACAGGAUGGAGGUCCUGGCGAAGGGCCAAUGUUGUCCUCGAUAGCGAACAGCAAGGCAUGCCAGAAGCUGAAAGGCGAACUCCUGAAAAGGGAGGUCUCCCUCCGCGACUGGAUAGACAGGCGUGUUGGUGGCGAAAUCGCCACAAAGAUAGGCUCAAAUGGACAGGUCAUCAUUUUUUAUCGCAAUGAUCAGCCGGAGGUCCAGGGAGCUGAGAUCAGCCGCGAGGCUCAGGCUUUCUUUGAUGGACUACCUCCAGAUGGCUUCCUGCCAGCAGAGGAGGCUUUGAGAGAGGUUAUCCUGAAUUUUUUGGAAAGCUCGGGCGACGACCCUCCCACGUUGAGAGAAGCUCAGCAGGUACCAGAGAUCAGAGACGCGCGCGACGCGUGUCUCACUGGUCCGUCUGGUGUCACGCUGAAGAUGUGGAUCGACCGCCGAAUUGGUGGAGAGAUCGCAACAUGGCGAGCAGGAGGAAGGGCACGCGAUGUGUCCAUUGGCUUGCGGGAAAUCUGGGGUGAUGAGGCGUCAGCUGCUAACCUCGAGGAGGCCGAGCAGGCAAAGGCAGCCGAGUUUGACAAGGCCAAGAGGAGAAAGAUGGAUGAAGGAGGUCGAAAUCAGCGGGGUGGUGGAAAGGGCAGAGGGAGAUGA